AAGAGCAAAUGAGAAGUUGGUAAUAGAGGAGGUAACGGUUUUUUUUCAGAUUUAAAAUAGUGCAAUAUACUUCGUGUGCAAUAGUAACAUAAAAACAGCCUUGAAAAAAUGGUUGCUGGAGUUUUGUCCGAGAUAACCAAUUGUAAUGGAAAUUCGGCUGAUUCAAAGCCUAAAGCAGAUGUUUCUGAUGACUGUGACGAAAGGCAGUAUUUGGACUUAGUUCGCCGUGUGAUUGAGAAGGGGUGUAAAAAGGCAGAUCGCACAGGCACGGGUACUCUCUCUUUAUUCGGAACCCAAUGCCGAUAUGAUUUGAGAAACAACAAGUUCCCUCUUUUAACCACUAAGAAAGUGUUCAUACGCGGUAUAGCCGAGGAACUAUUCUGGUUCAUCCGAGGCUCCACAAACGCAAAGGAACUGCAGGAGAAGAACGUCCGAAUUUGGGACGCCAACGCUUCGAGAGCUUUUUUGGAUUCACAGGGUCUGACAGAAAGGGAGGAGGGUGAUUUGGGUCCCGUGUACGGUUUUCAGUGGCGACACUUUGGAGCUGAGUACAAGACUAUGCAUGAUGAUUAUACUAGCCAGGGUGUGGACCAGUUGGGCGAGGUCAUUAACCAGAUCAAAAAUCAGCCUCACUCCCGGAGGAUCAUCAUGUGUGCGUGGAACCCCCCGGAUGUUCCUAGGAUGGCGCUGCCGCCUUGCCACUGUUUUGUUCAGUUUUACGUGGCCAAUGGGGAGUUGAGUUGCCAGCUGUAUCAGAGAUCUGCCGAUCUGGGACUUGGGGUGCCGUUCAAUAUCGCCAGCUAUGCCCUCCUCACGAUUAUGGUGGCACACGUGACGAACCUGAAAGCGGGCGAUUUUGUUCACACGAUAGGCGACGCCCAUGUAUACCUCAACCACAUAGAACCCCUCAAAAUGCAACUGGAAAGGACGCCUAGAAAUGCGCCCACAAUUCACAUUGUGAAGGAAGCCACCACUCUUGAAGAGUUCACUUUCGGCCACUUGGAGCUGAGAGGCUACGAUCCCCACCCACCAGUCAAGAUGCAAAUGGCUGUUUGAUUGCACUUUGUUGUUUUGUCACUUUUCACCUGUAAACUGAUUGAUUUCUUUUGAAGCGAAUUGUCUAGUUGUCAGAUGUUUUUCAGACUUGACUUAAAUAAUAUUUUCAAUCGUGAGCAGAGAAGUGUUUGAGUGCAUUAAGGGAUACUCAGUGCUCCCAGUCUUGCGAGCUGCAGUGCACUUGUUUUUCUUACAUCUGAAAUAUGCUCAUUUGAUUUCCAGUCACAGAUGGGCGAACUGAACAUGUCUGCUGCAGUUACAAGUGGAGCGAAUUUAACGAUCUUAAAGUGCUGCGAUGUUAUAUAGUGUUUAAGUGUAGUUGAUAGUUGAGCAGUUUAGUUUGAUCGGCCGUCGCUUUUAAUCUCUCGUUUAAGAAAAGAAACAACUCGCUCGAUAGAUGCUGUGUUAUGUGUUCAUUGUGUUUUUUACACUGAUUAAGUGUGUAAAUUUGAUCUAAUUGCCCAUCAGAUUUGGUUAAUA